AUGUCGACACCUCUGGACUCGAAAACUGUGAAAAAGCUUUUGGAUCAGAAUCAGCGGAGCUGGCACGGCCAAAAUAAAAGCCUGGACAAAACGUCCCAAUCGCACAAGAAAAAGGGAACAGAGAAUAUCGCUCAAGUGAUAGCUGAUGGCAUUCAGGAUAAUAAAUAUUCUUUCAGAACCCGCCUUUAUCAGUAUGCCAUCGAACAUGAAAUAAAUCCCAAAGAAUUUUCGGUCAUUACUGAGGCUGAGAAAAAUAGAAAGAAAAGAAAAUAUCGUGAAUUUUUAACUGAUCGGGAAAGGCUGGUUGGUGAAGAAUUAUCGCGUCGCAGUAUAAUAAAAAGCGGUUUAAGUACUGCAUGGCUUGAUGAUCUUAUGGAAGAAUGGGAAAAAGUCCAUACUCAAUUCAUACAAACUUUCUCUCCAGAUGAGGUAACAACGAAGGCAUAG